GAAAUACUGACCACUACACUACCAAAGAGAUGCUUACAUGCGAACUUUGUAUUAUUUAUUAUAAUUUAUAUAUUCAUAAUUUAAUUUAUUACCUUCCCCGCGAAUGAUGUCGAGCGUUAUCGGCAGACCGAAAUCUGCGUUAUCCGCACAGCUCUGUGAAUAAUCACUUCAUUUUAUUUAUUUUAAACUUUCCUUGUCAAAAGAGUUUUUAUAUACUAAAUGUUUGCAACAUUUCAUUUAUAAUGAUAUGAAUAUGAUUAUGAUUUAGUACGUUUCCUUGGAAACAACAUGUCCGCUUUCUCGGAAUUUACCAUACAUUUUUUAAGGUUAUAACUACCAAUAGUUAUCGAUUCAAAAUCAAACACCAUCAUAGCAAUGUCUGGAAGCUGUGUAAUGUAAUGUAUAUGUCACUUUUACUCAGGCAGCUAUGCUUAGGCUUAGGUCACUUAGACUUAGGUCUAGGUUAGGCUUAGUAGGCCAAAGACUUUACUUUGUAAGAUUAAAUUUUAAUUAGAGUCUAAGGUUUGCUUAGAAGUUGUAGUAGAAGUUUAAUUUAGUUUAAGUUAGUAGUACAGUUUAAUAACACCUUCACCUCAAUUAAGCCUUAAUUAUUAUAAAAAUAUCAGAUGUCAGACGAUGUAGCCUACUUUAUAAUUUAUACCAAUCCAGUAGUAGUAUUAUAUAAUAUAAUUAUAAUUAUAAAUAUUAUUCUAAAUCUAUUGCAGGCUAAGUUUCUAUAAUAUUAUUAAUUACAUUUUUUGUUGCUUGAGACUUAAUAUUAUAAAUUACAAUGUGGGCCUAAUGGAUACAUUCAAGAAGAGGAGCUAAAUUACAUAUAAGUAUAAGUUAUAAAAAUAAAAUACUUAGUAAUGGACAUGAACUGGACAUUAUAACAAUAAUGAUAGCAGUUUUGCCAAACUGUUAGAACUAAGUUAGGUGGAUUGGGGUACAAAAUUGCAUUAGGUACCAGUGCCAGAUUGAUUCAUUAUAUUUUAUUUUAAUUUGGGAAACACCUGGUCUGAAGUAUUAUUUCUAGUCAAAAUGUAGCCAUACUCGGUAUAGUCAUAGAUUAAUAAAAAUAAAUAAAACUUUCAUGUAAGAUCUAACCUAUCUUUUUAUCUAAGAGGAAAAAUCCUGCACAGUUAAAUAAUUAAGAUAUUUUAAGAUUUCUUUCUAUAUUUUGCAUUACAGAAAUAACUUAAAAAUGUAAAAAUAAUAUAUUUCUAGGGAUGGAAUAGAUUAAUUGAAUUUAUAUUGAUUUCAAUGGGAAAAAAUAUUUCGGUUAGCAAACAUUUAGGUUUAAGUCCUGAAGAAUGGAUUAAGAAUAAGUAUGUUAUGUGAGGUUCCAGUGUAUAGUAUUAAUAGUAUAGUUUAUUGAAUGAAUAAGUAAAUUUAUUUCUGAUCAACUACACAGGUCCUGCCAAAGUUGGUUUCUUAUUAAAACAAAAAUCAUGAAAAAUUUAUUUUAAAGGAAAUGACUGCAAAAGAGCUAAAUGCAUUUCCUAAAGAAAGACUUUUAGUAAAUGUGCAUACCAUUCUUCCACCGGAACCGGAUGCAGUCAUGUGUAAGGGUCAGUACCUUUAUUACCAUUAUGGAUGUGAUGGAAUAGAUGACAGGGUGAGAUAUCAAUAAUUUACUAUGAAUUUGUACUCCAUUUUCAUUACACUAUAGUUAAUAGCAUGGAUGGCCGGCCCUUAGGCCACAUGCAGCCUGGCAUGUUAAAUAUUGCAGCUGGCCAGAUGUUGUAAAUCAAUAUAAUGAUUACUUUUUACAUACAUGAUUAACAGAAUAGUUUGCAAAUUAUUGAAAGGGUUGAUUAAUAAUAUUAAAUGAGUAAAUGUGCUUCAAGAAAAUUUGAUGUACAUAAAGAAAAAUUUGUGAGGUUGUAUUUAGAAUUUAUAUUAUUAUAGCAUUACCAUUACUCAAGUAUUUUUAACUAAAGACUUACUUAGUAUAAUAUUCAUGUUCAUUGGUCCUUCACUUUGUCUAAAUUUGAUGGUGGUUGCACUGGUGAAUUGUAAGUCUUAUUUGUGUUUGGAAAGCUCUCACAGUCACAGCCCUGGAGCUCUAAGAGGGACAUUACUAAAUUUUAACCUUUAAAAUGUUGAAGUGAUUUAGUUUUAUCAGAUGAAAAUUUGUAAUGAUUCACACCAUUUGAGGAAAAAAAAAGGCAUUGUGUGAAUUUAAUUUUAAUCAAAAGUCCAUUCCUUUCCUCUAAAAUUAAACUAUUCAUUUCCUAAGUAUUCUUUGAAAUUUAAUUUUAAAAUAUUCAAAGGUUGUGUUUUUUCUUCUUCUUUAUUUAGGGUUGGGGUUGUGGUUACAGAACAUUGCAGACGAUAUGUUCUUGGAUAGAAAACUUUAAUGUAUCUGCUCCAUGUAAAGUCAAGAACAGUCCUGUGCCUUCACUUCACCAAAUUCAAACUGCUUUGUUUGAAAUGGGAGAUAAGCCAAAAAGUUUUCUAAAUUCAAAGGAGUGGAUUGGAACAUUUGAAACUUGCUUGUGUUUAGAUUUUUUUUACAAUGUAUGGGUUUGUUGUCGUCCGCCCCCCCCCCCCUUUUUGUGUGUGUGUUUUUUGUUGUUGUUUUGUUUGUUUUUUGCAACUCUUUCCCCGCAACAUUCAUUAUUUAUUAUUUAGAUUUUUUUUACAAUGUAUGGGUUUGUUGUCUUCCGCCCCCCCCCCCCCCUUUUUGUGUGUGUGUGUUUUUUGUUGUUGUUUUGUUUGUUUUUUGCAACUCUUUCCCCGCAACAUUCAUUAUUUAUUUGAAACAAUGAGUUACAUGAACACAAAAAAUAUAAUUCAUUAACUAAACUUUGUAAGCUUAUUUCAUUUGUUUAGACUGAAACUAAAUUAAUAAAUAUAGCAUGACAACUCUUUUUGAAAAAUUAGAUAAAAAUGCAACAGUUUGCAUAAAACCCAUAUCUGACACAACACUAUAAAAAUAAUUCUGAUGUCCACAGGGUAGGGAUUGAGGAUUCAAAUGAUUAUAGAUAAAAUGUUAGCUUUGAUUUGUAGUAAAUUGUAGAAGUACACCAUGAUUGCCAUGUUAUGACUGCAAUGUUGUGAUAGAGUCAGAAAGGAACCUAACAAACUACGAUUUGCAAAUUAAAAAUGCCCCUACAGAUGUCAUUUAUUUUUCAUAAAAAUCAUGUCACUUGUUGCAACUGGACAUUUUGAUUGUUCAUUCAAUGUCAUUCUGUUUCAGAUAUCAUGUAAAGUUAUACAUGUCACUAAAGGUUCGGAAGUCAAGGAGUAUUUGAAAGAGUUGCAUUCCCAUUUUGUGAUAACUGGUUCUCCGCUUAUGAUGGGUAAAAUCAUUUCUUUUAAAUUUCUAUAUAUAUCUUUGUGAGUAUGGUCUCUAUACAAGUCCACACCCCUUUAAAUGGUAGACAUUUCUUCACAUUGCAUUUGUUGCAGGCAUAAGUAUAAAUGGCAAGUAUAAACUAGCAAUGCAUGAUAUUUUUAAAAGAUUAUUUUUUAUUUGUAUGGUAUUACAAAAUGUUAAAUACUAUUUUUAUCUAUAGGGAAAUGCAAAAUUUUGUUAACAUAAACAUAAACAAUGCUGGUUUCAAUAAAAUUAAUUUUUUUCUUCAUUUUUAAACCUCAUUUGAGCUUUCUCCCCCCUUUGCUAAAAUUUUGAAAUAGAAACAUUUAUGUUUUAAAAAAAAAAAUAGUGGUUCAUUAAAAUUUAAAAGUUUUUUUAUUACGCAAUAGUCCAGAAUCUAGAAGUCAGCAAUAUUUAAAUCAUUAUUACUGGUAUUUCUAUGCAGGGGGAGAGAUGGACAAUGCCUCAAAAGGAAUCAUGGGUGUUAGUUUAACAAACCAGGCUUUGCUUGUUGUUGUGAGUUCUUACAGUUUAAUUUAAUAGUAUUUUUAAAUUACCAUUAUAAAUAAACAAGAAGUUUGUUGCGCUUCUUUUAUUAAAUACAUAUUAUCAAAAGGCCAGUUGUCUUAUUUGUGGAUGGUUGAAAUAUAAGGGUAGAGAUUCAUAAGAAAUGUCUUCCCAUUGAAACAACCAUUCUGAGAACACUAUUGGCUUAAGUGUGCCAGGCCUACCUUGAAAAUUUGAUUUUGUUAUCCAAACAAGUUAUCACUUCACAAAUUAUAGAGUUAAUUAUCUGUAACUUUUGAUCAUCCGGUCAAGAAAAAUUUAUUGAUUGUAUUUCUGGUCUGAUUGGCAACUUCAGGCAUUGGAUGCAGUUCAGCAACAAUGACAAGAACAGACACUUGGGCAAUCUGAAACUACCAUUAUCCAAUAUUAAAUUUCUUGCUUCACGUUGUAUCAGAUAUCAAAUUUCUUGCUUCAUGUGGAUCGGUGUUUAGAGAAUGUACAGAUGUAAAUUGAAGAACCUAAUGGUAAUAUCUUAAGGUGUGUUGGACAUAUUGUUGAAUGUGAUUUGUUAAUCUUUGCUCAUUUUAAAAAGCAUAGAAAGUCUAUAUAAGAUGCAAAGAAUCCCUAUUUAUGAUAGCUGGGGAAUUCAAGAUCACUUAUUAUUGAUCAUUGAGUAACUUUAAAAAUACCUAAUAUUUCUCACACUCAUCAGCAUGUAUUUAUAAUUAAAAAUCUAUAUUGAAAUUAAUUUAAACGAUUGAGUAGGAAAAACUUAUGACAAUGCCAGUAACAUGCCAAGAAAAUAUUCUGGAGUUCAAACAGUUGUUCUGGAAAUUAACAGGGCAGCUCCCUGUAUGGCACACUUGCUCAAUUUAUGUGAUACUGUUGCUCCCUGGUCAUGUACAGAAUGGCACACUUGCUCAAUUUUUCUGAUACUGUUGCUGCCUGGUGGUGUCCAGAAUGGCACACUUGCUCAAUUUGUCUGAUACUGUUGCUGCCUGUUCGUGCACACAAAAUCAUUCAAAGUGGACUGCUUUGAAAAAUGAAGCAACAAGUCUGACUUCCAGGGGGAUACAUAUAGCUGUAUAAACACUAUGGAAUGAUGACUAGAGUGGGUGCUGUUAAUUUGAUGAAAAAUCAAUGCUCUAUAUAAUGUACCGGGUUCCUAUAAUAUGGGAGAUUGCUUUAGGAAUGUUUGUUUUACAUUGCAUAUUUAUUUAAUUUGUAAUUAACUGAAUGGAUAAACUCAUCUUUGUGAUCAACAAGAAAAAUUGUAAACUUAAUUUUUUGAAGAGUAAAAAAAUCUUGACAAAUCUUGACAAGUCUUAUCUUUCAUCCCAUCAUUAAUUCAAUCUGUACUUUAAAUGUUGCCACUGGAAGACUUUAAAAUGAUAAAAUAUUUAAUCAGCUGAACUAAAACUAUGAAAAGCGAUUCAAACACAAUUGUAUGAGUGGAGUAGAUUAGAGAGUUUAUGAUGCCUGGGACAGUCCUUGACAUUGCCACCUCUAAUUCCUAAAAAAAUCAAUUCAUACAGCAGCCAUAUAUGCUAUACAAAUUGGACCGAAAAUUUUAAGCACAAAAAGUGCUGCCCAGGGUUGACCACACCCUCUGCCUCCCUCUUCCUACGCCAUUGUGUUCUAUUUUUUGUAGUGGUUAGGUGGCCUAUUUUUUUAAAAAAUGCGCUAGUUGUUUGCGCCUGGCCUCCAUGACUUUAAUUCAAGUACUAAAGGAAUUAUGAUGCAUUAAAUGUUUCAGGAUCCACACUACUUUGGAGAAGCUUUAUCAGCUGAAGAAUUGAAAGAAAAGGGAUUCGUUAAAUGGAUGCCACUUGAACAACUUUGUCCUGAGUCAUUCUACAACAUUUGUUUGCCAAAACCCCACCAUUGAUUGGAAAGGUAUAUUUAAUGAACAAUGAAAGAACAAGACUGAGAUUUAAAAAAAAAAAAUCAUAAUAUUAAAUUAUACUAAUUAUAGGAUGCAUUACAUUCAGUUAAUUGAUCAACUGGCACUUGUGAUGUUCAAUAUUAUUUACAUAAAUAUUUAACACAUGAUAAAGUCAAAUGACAGAAGGCACUGUAUCUAGCUGACCUGGAAGAAAAAUUUAAUAUUAAAUACCUUACAAGGUAAAAUAUUUUGAAUUUUCCUAUAGAUAAAAUUUGUAUUUUACAUUUUGUAAUGCCAUAUAAAUAAAAAAUAAUCUUUUAAAAACAUCCAAAGCAUCAUCAAAGCAUAUAGAUUUUAAUAUUAUUUCUUGCUAUUAGAAUUUUAGAAUUUUGUUUAAACACACAUAAUUUAAAAGAACUUAUUUAAAAAUAACUUUUCUAUCUCAAUAUUUGUUUAGCAGAGUUUAGAAGAGACAUUAGAGCAGCCUUUUCAAACUUUUAAGUUGGCAGACAGGCGGACAAGUUCACCAUUGCCCCAGUUACAGAUGCCAGAUUUAUUAUUUUUAUUUAACCAAUUAAAAAUUAGUUUAUUAUGGGCCAAUUAGAUGGGACUUAUAACUAUUAAUUAUCUAUUAGCCAUUUAAUGCUGUCCUUUAUACAUUUUUUUUUUUAUGGCUGUCUUAUAAUAAAAUUAUAUGUUUGGAGAUAGGCCUAUUUAUCACUAACUCUUAAUAAAAACUAUGUUCGAUAGGCCUAUUUAUCACUUCUCUUAAUAAAAACCAUGUUUGAUAGGCCUAUUUAUCACUAACUCUUAAUAAAAACCAUGUUUGAUAGGCCUAUUUAUCACUAACUCUUAAUUAAAACCAUGUUUGAAAAAAAUAUCAUUAGUAGACUAUAAAUGGACCUAUUUAUGGAAAAACGGCAUUAGAGGACAAAACCCUCUACUUUUUUUUGGACAUUUUUUUAAAGCCAAUGCACAUUGAAAUGCUCAUGUUGCUGUAUUAAAAAAACAAAUUAAACUGCAUUGUGAAACUUGUGUUCUUACUUUUAUUCUAGGCAUUUUUUAUGACAGGAUAUAAAAUGCUUUGAUAUUUGUGAGCACUUGCAGUGCACUGUAUUAUACUUAUUCCUGUAGAGUUGAGUAAAUGACCUAUCAACAGAGUAAUCACAUAAAAAUAUGUUUCAAAGU